AUGUUCUCAAAGUUCGCUUUCGUCGUCCUUUUGGUGGCCGUUGCUCGCUGCAGCGCUUCAGGGGGAUCCUCAAGUUUCUCCUAUGGAGUAUCAGAUCCCAACACUGGAGAUAUCAAGGACCAACACGAAAAACGAGUAGGAGACAGUGUUGUUGGAAAAUACUCCUUGCUGGAAGCUGAUGGAACCAAACGUACCGUUGAAUAUUCCUCUCAUCCUCACACUGGAUUCAAUGCUGUAGUCCGAAAGGACCCUCCUCACGGUGUCCACCCACCAUCUGCAGUAGGAUACAACGGUGUUGCUUCGGCUCUUGGUGGCCUAGGAUAUGCUGGAGCCAAUCCUUUGGGAUAUGGAGGCCUGAACGCGUGGAACCCUGCUGCUAAAUCAGCCUAUAUUGGCAGUCCUUACAUCGGGGCUUAUGGUGGAUACAACGGCGCUAAUAAUGGCUGGACUCAGAACUAUGCGGCCAAUGUUGGAGCCAAUGGAUGGCCAAACAACUAUGGUGCUGCUGGAGCAUAUGGUGGCAACGGAUAUGGAUGGUCUACCACCUCUGUCACCUCUUGGCCAAAUAACGCUGCUACUAACGCUUGGCCUAACAACGUAGGAGCCAAUCUUGGUGCUAACGCUUGGCCUAACAACGUAGGAGCCAAUCUAGGUGCCAAUGUGUGGCCUAGUGCAGCAGCUGGUGUUGGUGUCUAUGGCAAUGCCAAUGGAGUCUAUGGUGCUAACGGAUGGCCUCAAGGUUAUGGAGCAGCUGGGUAUGGUGCCUACGGUAACCGUCUGGGAUGGUAA